CCGCAACUUGUUGAUUAAAAAGCACUAUUUGGAUGAAAAAAAACCUUGAAAUGAUCGGUGCUUGGACAUGAAGCAGUGCUUCUUGUGGAUCAACCUUUUAAAUUAUAAUUAUAUGUUGACAGAAGUCAUCUUUAGCGCUAAAUCACGCAUUCUGGCCCUCGUUCAUUGCGGUAGGUGGCGCUGUCUGGAAUCAAAGCCUCUCAACGUGCCGCUGUAGAAGAAGCGGCGGUCCUCCCUCCUCCAAACGGAGCCGGACAUACCGGGACCGGACUCCUCUCGCCGGUGGGCGGGCCUUCCGCUGCUGCUGACCGACCGGAGACUGUUCGCUCCGCAGCUGUCACGACUAUGCGCAACAGGCUCCAGUAGCCAUGGCAGAAGUCAUCGGCGCCGCUCCGCCCGCCCCGGCCACCAUGAACGUCACCUUCCCGGUGCAGGAGGAGGACGGCGCCACGGCCGCCGCUCCUCCGGCCGCCCUGAGCAGCGAGGACUACCUGUUCGUGGAGAGCCGCCACCCGAGCACCGUCCUGCAGGGCCUCAACAGCCUGCGGCUCAACAACGCCUUCUGCGACGUGACGCUGUGCUGCGGCGGACAGGAGUUCCCGUGUCACCGCAUCGUGCUGGCCUCCUUCAGCUCCUACUUCCAGGCGAUGUUCUCCACGGACCUGAUCGAGUCCAAACAGGAGCGUGUUGCCAUCAAUGGAGUUGAGCCUCAGAUGAUUGGCAUGCUGGUGAGCUACGCCUACACGUCCGAGGUCUACAUUUCCAAAGCGAACGUGCAGGCGCUGCUGGCAGCAGCCAACCUGCUGGACGUGAUGGCCGUCCGAGAGGCGUGCUGUCGCUUCAUGGAGCGUCAGAUGGACGAGAUGAACUGCGUGGGGAUCCACUGCUUCGCCGAGGCUCACUCCUGUAAGGUGCUGGAGAAGCGCAGCAUGGACUACAUCCUGGAGCACUUCAGCAGCGUUUACCAGCAGGACGAGUUCCUGUCUCUCUGUGUGGACAAACUGACAGAAAUCAUUGCCAGCGACCUUCUCAACGUGCCCAAAGAGGAGAUGGUGUUCGAAGCCGCCAUGUUGUGGCUGAAUAAAUGUCCCUCACGCAAGCAGAGCUUUGAAAAGGUCCUCGAACACAUCCGCCUGCCUCUGAUCAGCCCCUACUUCCUCCACGAUGUGAUCGAGUCUGUGGACGUGGUGAAGGAGAACCUGGGCUGCCAGAGGCUCAUCUCCGAGGCCAAGGACUACCUGCUGCUGAAGGACCGCCGUGGAGAGCUGUACUGCCCCAGAGCGAGGCCCCGCCGGUCCACAGGCACAGCCGAAGUGAUCGUGACGGUCGGCGGCGAGGACGACAAGGUGGUGCUGCGCAGCGUCGAGAGCUUCGAUCCGGUGACCAACCAGUGGAAGAACCUGGCCUGCCUGCCCUUCGCCGUCAGCAAACACGGGCUGGUCGUGUCCGAUUCCACUCUGUAUCUGGCCGGAGGGGAGUUUCCCGACGGCUCGGCCAGCAGGGAGAUGUGGCGCUACGACCCCUGCUUCGACUCCUGGAUGGAGAUGGCUCCGAUGAAUGUCGCUCGCUCGGAGUUAGGCCUGGUGAUGCUGGACGGCUUCGUUUAUGCUGUGGGGGGCUGGGAGGGACGCUCUCGCCUGGACUCGGUGGAGUGCUACAACCCCUACAGCAACGCCUGGCAGUUCACCGAGUCCGUCAAGAUGGCCGUCACGAGUCCUGCCGUGGUGGCGCUGGACGGUCUGCUCUACGUUACUGGUGGUGCUGUUCUGGAGGACGGUGACGGCACGGACCUCGCUCAGGUGUACAACCCGAAAACUGCCGUGUGGACGGAGGUCGCCCCCAUGCAGAUCGCUCGCUCCGGCUCCGCUGCUUGUACGCUCAAAGGAAAGAUCUACGUGAUAGGCGGGUGGCACGCCUCGACCGAGAACACGGAUAAGGUGGAGUGUUACAACCCCAAGACCAACCAGUGGACCAUGUGCGCCCCGAUGAAGGAGCGGCGCUACCGUCCUGGUGCUGCCGUAGUGGACGGCAAGAUCUACGUCCUGGGAGGAGAGGAGGGCUGGGACAGAUACCAUGACACUAUCGAGAGAUACUGUGACGACACCGACACCUGGGAGAUUGUCGGCGAGAUGCCCACCAGUCGCAGCUGGCUCAGCUGUGUGUCUCUGCAGCUGAGGAAGGACAUCCGCAUGUGCAGCUGUCCCGGGAUGGCCAACGAGAACUGAGGCGGGACAUCGAGUGGGAAGUCGUCCGUGGUUGUUACUUGCACCCUCCUUGGCGACGCUGCGCCACAAAGCUCAGAGCUGAGGAGACCAGCGAACUGAGAAGCGACGCCUGGAGUUGGCGCGGAGCUGUUCGAGCCGUCACUGGCGACAAAAAGUUGUAAUCGAUGACGGCUUGGGGAAAAAGUCGCACUCACGUGGGUUCCUGUUUUUUGCGUGGCGACAAAGGAACCAUCACAAUCUCAAGCUACUGUGAUCCACGAAUUGCUCAGCAGUCGAAAGUCGCUGUGUGAUGUGAACAUGUUUAGGGUGUCGUUUCUGUGUCCAGCACCUCCAAUCAGAAGGGUUUUCCAGCCAACAUAGUGUAUUUUUGUAUUGUUAUGUGAUGUAUUUAUUGGGGGUUGGUAAACAUUUCGUUUUAUUAAAAAAGAAAAAAAAAAAAAAAAAAGUGCUCUGUGGGCCAAAGAAUCAAAUUGUGAAUUUCCACUAUUUGAAGGUAACCUGUGAAAGACGUGUACAUGUAAGCAGUGUUUUGUAAUUACACUUUGUACGUUCUCAAUGAUUGUCUUUACGACCUGUAACACGUUGAGUAUACAGUAUUUUUUUAAUGUCAUGUGCGUCAUGCAUUUUAGUGAAUUUAGGUGAAGCUGAGUUGUAAUAAAGAUGUUUAAUUCUCUACUGUGAA